GACAGACAGAAAGUGGCAGCAGAAGCAAGAAUGAGCGUGGAAUGCGCAGCUUCUAGGCAGAAGUGAUAACGUGCUUUUGCACGCGGCCGCUCGAGCGCAGUUUCCAAGAGAAGAUUCUUAUUAUCUUCUCCCGCCCUUACCUUGCUCACCUGCCUCCUCUGAUCUUCUUCUCCAUCUCGAUCGCAGUUGCUUAUAUUUUGACUGAGUGUUGAGAUCCAAUUGUGUCCUUGUUGUAUUUGAUCAGAGGGCUAUCUUUUACAAUGCGCCUCCUUUGCCUCUGAGCUGCCUUGAUCUACACCUCUCUCACGGCUACCACCACUCUAUUCUCCCCGUGCACCGCAACAAUGCCCGACCUCGCCCGCAUCAACUCCUCCAGCUCGAAAGAACAAUCCGCUGCCUCCGUGCACCAGCCCUCACCCAUCCCCACCACCAGCAUGCACGGCUUCGCCCUCUUCUUCACCUACAUGCAGCAGCCCUUCAGCGGCUUCAUCUUCGGCACGAUCUUUGGCUACCUGCUCGCAUGCUCCGCACCCGAUUCCUCAGGCUACGUCAGAUCCGCUCUCGAGCACCUGAUCUACACCGCCGUGCUCUGGUCUCUCGUCGGCCUGGGUAGCUACGUCGCGUACAAGACUCUCGUCGCCGGAUCGCCCGGAGACUCGUCCUCAUCGUCGAUGAUGUCGCCCCUACGUGAGCUCGCAAAAUUGCAGGACUUUGUGAGCAAUUUCCAGUCAGCGCCGAUGCCUGCUCCAAGCACUCCCUUCUCAGCGAGACCGUACCCGCACUACGCGGACGAGCUGGCUAAGAAAGACCGCAGCGCAUCGCCCAAGAAACCUACCUCGAGCCCGAUCAAAACCAAACCGGAACCCGUCCCGCGCGCUCUCAGUCUGCCGAUCGAGGACCGCACGCGCGGAAACAGCACAAGCAGUCGCCGCGACUCUACGCAGUCGUCCUUGUCUUCGUCACAGGACUCGGCAACGCUCUCGAGGAUCGACUCGUUGUCUAGCCAGUCCUCUGUCGCGACUACCGCCAGCGGAGGCAAGAGUCGGUCAAAAAGCAACUCGUCUUCACCACAGCGGCCACGGCUGAGAUCAAUUGACUCUGAACAGUCUUUCAAGCCGUAUGAUCCGCCACCGCACAAGUCUCCUCCGGGCCUCCGAUCCUCGUUUUCAUUCUCGCCUGACUCUACGAUUCGCGAGGACACGUCCGGCCACCGAUCAUUCAGCUCGUCAAACAUAAUGACGGUGAAAUCAGCCUCGACAGGUACAGCAACGACAUCACAUCGCACACGCGAGAAAAAAGAAAUGGCUAGCGUGCCUGCGACAGCGACCCGCGACCCAAACAGGUUCUCGCUCGUGGCGGCAUACAUCAGACCGGAUCGGGGAACGCUGCCGACGAAACUUUCGGGAAAGGGUCUCUCGUUGAGAAUUACGACCGAGGGACUACUCCUGGACGACGACGCUGGGUCAAAAGGCGGUGACUUGAAGGCCUGGAUGAUUGAAUCUAUCGAAUACGACAUCUCAAACAACCUAGUUAUGCGCGCAACGACACAAACUUGGCCUCCGAUCCAAGUAACCUACCUCUUCAAAGAAAGUGACUGCUUCAAGGCAACACUCGGUCUGCGCGCUCUCAAACGCGAACUCCAGACGCGCGGAAUCGAGGUCAAGGAGGUUAACGGAAGUAUCCUUUUGAAUGAUUUGGAUAGCUGAUAGUCUUUUCUUUGCAGCGGUAGUGUUUUUUUGUUCUGCGGUGGUUUGAUUGUCUGUUUCUUCGUUCCAUGUAGUUUGCAGCAUUUAUGGUUGAGUUUGUUUCUCGAGUCUGCAUAGUUGUGUUGGAGCGUUUGUCUCUUUUGUUUAGUUUUACCCCCUCAUUUGCUCAUUUUUGUCCAUUAUGAUUUCCAUCUGCGUGAUUAGGGCAUGAUCAUGGAGCAGCAAUCAGAUAGUAAUA